AUGGCCCCAGGGGAGCCACCGCCCCUAGCAGGGCCCCUGGAAGCUGCUACCGCGAAGCAGAGCCCCCUAGGGGAGCCGUUGCGCCUUUGUGGGCCCCUGGGGGUACCAUCGCCCCUGGGCCCCUCGGGUGCCACAGCCCAUGGCAAUGGCUCAUGGAGGCGCCGAUGUCCCCUAGGGCCACCACCGCCCCUGGGAAGGCCCCUUAGGGCUCAACCGCCCCUGGAAGUGCACCUGGGUACACUGCCUCGUCUGGAAGGGCCCCUGGGGGCGCCACCGCCCCUAGGAGGGCCCCUAGAGGCGCCAUCUCCUCUGGGAGGGCCUAAGGGGGCGCUGCUGCUCUUAGGUAGAGCCCUUGGGGGCGCCGUUGCACCUGAGCGGGCUCCUGGGGGGGGGGGGGCACCUCCUUUGAAAGGGCCCUUGGGGACGCCAUCUCCUCUGGGAGGGCCCCAGGGGGCGUUGCUCCCCUUAGGGAGAGCCCCUGGAGGCGCCAUUGCACCUGAGCGGGCUCCUGGGGGCGCCACCACUUUUGGCAAAGACCUUGGCGGCGCCACCGCCCCUAACAUGGCCCUGUGGAGCCACUACCCCUGGCAAGGCCCCUAG